GACGGAUAGAUAAUCAGGUGCAGUUACGUGUUGUAAAAGGUUUAGGUCGGCCUUUCGAAUAUUAUGUGUCAAGUAAAGUUGUUAUCCUUGCACCAGUGAGGAAGGAGUAUUUUGCGGACUUACUGGCAAAAAGGUAGAAGAAACAGAUGUAUUUGAGUGGCUGAGCAUUGUUGGGUAUACCGGAAAAUAUGGACAAAUUCGACAAUGAUGUGCAGAUGAAAAAUAUAUCAGCCUUGCAUGAUGUCGCCAAUCAAAGUUACAACCUCGCUGCAUCAAUAUUUCCUCAAAUCAGCCCUUGGAAUGCGGAACUUCCGUAUGAUGGUGGCGGCGACGAGUUUCCUCCUUUUCUUCCUGAAGAUCAGCUGCGGAAAGGAGGAGUUGUGCUUUGCUUCCUGAUAGCCAUCUACUGUUUCACUCUUUUAGCGGUAGUAUGUGACAAAUAUUUCAUUCCUUCCAUCGAGCGGCUUUGCGAAGUUAUGAACAUUUCGGCAGAUGUUGCAGCUGCAACUUUCAUGUCAGUGGCUACUUCAUGUCCGGAAUUAUUCACGAAUUUGAUUGCCACCUUUGUAACUCAGUCCGCUUUGGGUAUUGGCACAAUUGUAGGAUCUUCCAUGUUCAACUCCUUAGGUGUGGCAUCCAUUGGGGCUUUAGCUGCUGCUCGACCAAUUAAGCUGGAUUGGUGGCCAGUUACUCGAGACGUUUCGAUUUAUAUGGUAGCCAUAUCUAUCCUCAUUGCUAUUGUUUGGGAUGGUCGUAUUUACUGGUACGAAGGAUUAACGCUGUUCAUUAGCUACUUUGUCUAUUUCCUUGUAAUGUUCCAAAAUCCCAGAAUAUCCAGAUUCGUUAGACGAACAGUGGAUCGAUACCAAAACAAAAAACCCGCAGCUUCCACAGACAUCAAUGAAGAAGAACACAAACAACGGGAAUUCAAUAGGGAUUCCGUGAGAGCAUCAGUGGCAUCCGCAUUUGGAACGUAUGCAGAGAGUGCCAGAAAAUCCGCAUUCGAACACCCAGAACAAUUUAAGAAAGUUCGCGAUAUUCAAGAAGAACAAGAAAUUAACCAGAUAAAGAAGAGCCCAUUUAUAAUUCCACAAGGCGGAUGGUUCACAAAGUUGUCUUUCUUCUACACUUGGCCUAUAAAGAUGCUCUUAAGGUGCACGAUUCCCAAUCCAAAAUUGUAUCCGGAUUUGUGGCCGCUAUGUUUUAUUAUGUGCAUCUUCUAUAUCGGGGCAACUUCCUACAUUGUGUCGUGGAUGGUCACCAUAAUUGGGGAUCUUUUCGGAAUACCAGCAACUGUUCAAGGAAUGACUUUUGUUGCUGCUGGUGGAUCGCUCCCUGAAUCUAUUUCAAUUGCUAUCAUGAGCAGGAGAGGCGAAGGGAAAAUGGGAGUUUCAAACUCACUUGGCGCCAACACAAUGAACAUUCUCUUCUCCCUUGGAAUGCCUUGGUUCUUCAUGACUAUCCUCAUGGGUACCAACGACAGUGCUUUUAUCCAAAUCGAAUCAGGCGCGAUAGUUUAUACGAUCGUUGGACUACUUUUUGUUGCCUUGAUUCUAUACUUUACCUUGUAUUUCAACAAAUUUUUCCUAGCCAAAUUGACUGCAGCUGUUUUACUGCCAGUUUAUGCUGUCUGCAUUGUGCUGGCCUGUGUGGCUGAAAUGGUGUUUUUUCAGACCUGAAAACUGAUUUUUCCAAAGGUUCGCGUGCUUUUAAAGCUGAACCAGAAACUGAGAUUGGGUUGCUGUCUAAAGCUGGUCAAAUUGAUGCGCAACUCUGGUGGAAUCUCUUGCUGUUGUUUGUUGUUCCUACGUUUAAGUGAUUUGAGACAGAAAAUUGUUUCUACGGGUACUCUUCAUUGUUUAAUAAAGUUUGUAGGUAUACAUAAAGUGUAUACGUGUUUAAAAA